AUGUACUCACGCGACAGACGUUUUACUGUCGAAAUUCCGGCAAGCGAGUUAAAAAAGAUUUUCAGUUGGGUACUCAAGAGCCCAUCCGAGGAAACGGGGGGAGAUUUAUUUGGAGUAUGGAGUGAUGGACAGGAUGACUUAGAAAACAAGCUGUGUAUAUACCAUGUUUCCGGACCCGGGAAAUUGUGUCGACGAACGCCAUUUUCAUUUGAUCAGGAUGUUCGAUAUUCGAAGAAAAUUGCAACAUAUCUAAGUCGACAAUACGGUUUGGACCAUGUGGCCGUUUGGCAUUCUCAUCAGUCGGCUUUGGAUCGACCAAGCGCUCCGGAUGAAGAGGCGAUCUGGAACACGAUGCGUUCUCUUGCGAUCAACCGAAUUGCCCUCUUCAUUGCUAGCAGUGUAGGCAAACGGAAGGACGACGAUAGUUCCUCCUUUGUCAUAAACACUUUCUUAUUUGAGACCCACGAGAAAAGCAAUAAAUGUUGGCCAGUUCUACAGGGAACUUUUCGCAUUUUACCCGAGCCUAGCAAGAAAAUUUGUUUCCACAGUGACGAAGAAAAAGCUUCACUUGAAGGAUUGGCCGAAAAUUUGGUCACUGACAAGGACAUUAAUAUGAUUGAUAUCACUGUGUCAGAAACUAGUGUUAUAGGAUCUUUAGAAAGACAAUUAUAA